AUGUCUGAUAGUGUAACUGUUAAUUUUCUCUCUACAUCAAUAAAUUGUGACCAUUCAGCAUCCUCGAAUGCGCCGUCAUCAUCUGAUACAAAUGGAUAUGAUGUUAAGCCCGAAAAUAAUUCUGAUGAAUCAUUUAUUUCAAAGAAAAAAUUAAUACAAUUUCAACCACCAGAUCAUGAUAUAUUUCAUUCAUCAAAUUUCAAUGGGCCAUCAUUUAAACAAAUUAUUGUUGUAUUUUUCUUGCUUGUCAUAGUUACAUCAUUAUGUUCAUAUUUAUAUAAAGAUUCAUUAGUUAACAUUUUACUUAUUCUUGACACGUUACCGUGGUGGUGGACUUUCAUAUUUUUUUGUGUCCUAUUUACACUUGUUUCCCUGCCGUUUGCUUGGGGCUAUAUAUUAUUAAAUAUAGCAUGUGGUUUUCUAUAUGGACUUCUGUAUGGUAUGAUAUUCAUAAUAUUAUACGUUAGUAUUGGUUUAUCCCUAUCGUUUUUUAUUUGUAAUUAUAUUUUAACACAUAAUUUUCGUAUUAUUAAAAACUUAAAAACAACAUUUGAAAAUAGUGAAGUAAUUCAAACAUUAAUUAAAGUUCUCAAUAGUGUAGAUGGUUAUAAAAUUAUUUUUCUCAGUAGACUUACGCCAAUCCCUCUUGGUUUACAAAAUGGAUUUUAUUCAAUUAGUAAUGUUCCUUUUCGCAUUUAUCUUUUUUGGUCAUUAUGUGGCUUGAUACCAACUCAAUUAAUUUAUUGUUUUCUUGGUUCACGGCUACAUUCAAUGACAGAUUUAAUAUUAAUUGACAAACGAACGAAAACCGUUGGAAUCGUGGUCGGUGUUUGUGAGUGCGUAAUGACAUUUGUUUUAACUUAUUAUGUAUUUCAUACAGCUAAAAAAGUACUUAAUAAGUUAUUACUUGAAACAUCGGCAUCAAGUGAAGCUUUGAUUGCAGUUAAACAAUAA